GAAGGGCCACUGGCAGUUCUUCUGGGAUGCUCCACUCUUCUGUGAAGCGGUCUUAAAAAUCCUUCUUCAGUGCUGCCCCCGUUAGAUGGCAGCUUCAAUGGAGCAGAAGAGUCAACAUACAUGCAGAAAGGGAAAGAGAGAGAGACAGAGUGAAAUAGAGAGAGAGCAAAGAAGUACGAGACUGAGCCAGAUACAGACGACGUUCUCUGAGAAGUCGGGCAUCUACUGAGAAAGACAGAGCAGGGAGCAGGGAAACAGAUAGGGUAAGGAAAGACAAGAUAAAUAUUACAGGAGUCAUAAGUGCAUCUAGGUUUAGAAAGAAAGGGAAAAGUACGACAGUGACUUCAAAACCACCGAGGUGUCUCGCUUAGCAUCAUAGUUCUCUUCUAUAACUUGGACAAGGCAGGGGAAGAAAGAAGAAGGCUCUGAAAAGCAGGAAGCUUACAUUCACUUGGACUGUCUCCAAAGAAAGCCUGUGCAGGGUGUCAAGAGUCAUGCAGCACUAUGGGGUAAAUGGCUACUCCCUGCAUGCAAUGAACUCCCUGAGUGCAAUGUACAAUCUUCACCAACAAGCCGCACAGCAGGCCCAACAUGCCCCAGACUACAGACCUUCGGUGCACGCACUUACCCUGGCUGAAAGACUGGCUGACAUCAUUUUGGAGGCCAGAUACGGAUCUCAGCAUCGUAAACAGAGGAGAAGUCGUACAGCUUUUACUGCACAACAACUUGAAGCCCUGGAGAAGACAUUUCAGAAAACUCACUACCCAGAUGUUGUGAUGAGAGAGAGACUGGCUAUGUGUACGAAUCUACCUGAAGCCAGAGUACAGGUCUGGUUUAAAAAUAGGAGAGCAAAGUUUCGUAAGAAGCAGCGUAGCCUUCAGAAGGAACAACUUCAGAAACAGAAGGACCCAGAAGUGAGCCAUGAUGAGGGAAAGAAUGAACUACCCAUGCCAGAGACACAGACAUCCACUUCUGAGACAGACAAAAAGCAUGUUUUGCAACCUGAAACGUGCACUGAGAUGAACUUGACCUCAUCAGACCAGUCUGCAAGUGAAUCCGCAGCAGAAGAGCAGACAGACCGUGAGGAAGACUUUAAGCGACCAGCGGAAGAGCCCAAGCAUGACAAGGGACCCACUGUAGAUAGCAAGAGUUUGCACUGUAAACGUUCAAGUCCAAAGUCAGAAUCUCCAGUUAGCACUAUUGUAACACCUGUCUCUACCAACAAUAGUGGUCUGGUUCAAACCCAUUCCUAUUCAUCAUCACCCCUGAGCCUUUUUCGUUUGCAAGAGCAGUUUCGACAGCAUAUGGCAGCCACUAACAACUUGGUCCAUUACUCUUCCUUCGAUAUGGGGACACCUUCUGCAGUACCCUAUUUGGGAAUGAAUGUCAACAUGGCACCCCUGAGUUCUCUGCACUGUCAGUCAUAUUAUCAGUCCUUGUCUCAUGCCCAGCAAGUCUGGUCAGCACCCAUAUUGCAGGCCUCCAGUGCAUUACCCAGUCUGAAUAGUAAAACCACAAGUAUUGAGAACCUAAGGCUCAGGGCAAAGCAGCAUGCUGCUUCCCUCGGACUAGACACUUUGCCAAACUGAAAAAAAAAAUAACUGUCUACUGUACAGAAUGAUGAUAAACAAGUAUUUUAUCAGAAGUCAACACCCCACUUUAUUGUCAUAUUUCUCCUAAUUAGAGUCAUCUAUGUAUAAAAUGCAUUUUAUAGGAACUAAGGCACCAGAAAAAGUAAUUCAUUCUUAACAUAUUUAGGAUACAAAAAACUGUAUUUUUCAGCAACAGUUAACGACAUCCUGGUACCAUCAUUUUGUUCCAUCACUGGCUGAUUAAGUUGGCCUUGUUUUCAUGAUUCCAAGAAAGCUUUUAAAGUUGUGAUUCAAAGGAAAGAGCAAUUAGAAGGAGAGUAAUAAGAAAAGAGUUUGCUGGUUAUUUGUGACAAUGGUCAUUACUUUAAACUGUGAAGAUGUACAAUGUAAGACUUAAAUUUGCUAUGUUAAUAGUGCUCUAAUUUGUGCAAAAUUGACUGUCAUCAUGUCUGUUUUAAAAUUUCAGCAAUUUUGUAAAUAGUUUCAAAGGUCAUUAUUGUGCCCAUCAGCUGUAAAUCUGUGUCACCUUAUACAAAUUGUGAAAACAUUUCUAAUUUUUUUUUAUUCUAAAUAUUUUAAGCACUACCAUGAAAGUUCACAUUAUGGAAAUCCCUGUUAAAACAUUUUUAUUUGUAGCUUUCAAUUCAUUGUGUUAACUGAUGCUAGUUUCAACACUAAAGCCGAUAUGAUUAACAUUAUAAGAUUGUAUCCCCAAGUAUUGCUCAAGCACUUCCUGUAAUGAAUGAACUUCCUGUAAUAAGCACUUCAGAUAAAUCACCUAUUAAAGAACAAUCCAUGAAAACACAAUAAUUAACAACAGAAAUAUCACUGGACUUUGAAAGCACAGAACUUUAACUUUUUCCCCACUGUCAUUUUUGUUUUUGCUGUGUACUGUGAAUGUGUCACUACUGAAUAAGCAAUUAUACAAUAUAUUGUAUGUAAAUAAAUAUAUCUUAAAAGUC